GUGGUUAAUUCAGCAUGCAACAUCCUUUGAGGAAUACCGUCGCGGCGUGUUUCUGGAUGUAAACACAGACAGCUAAUUGCAUCUAUGGGUGGCUUGUCAAAUAAAACCAAUUAUAAAAACAACCCAUGUUCCAAUCGUUAUUCAUAUUCAGCAGUUUUACUACCCAAACGAGACAACUGUGCUCAAUAUUAUGAUUGUUCACAUCCCGGAGGACAGAUUGAAGAGUGUCCUUUUCCCGACCUCUUCAAUGAAAAUACACAACAGUGUGAACACUAUGAUCAAGUGGACUGUGGUAAUAAAUAUGAACCAACCGAUGCAUGUGGAUAUGUGGGAAAUAAGUGUACCACGAAAUUCUGUAUUCCUUGUAAUGUUAGAUUUCCCACCUGUUCCGGUUUGAGAAAUGGUAUAAAUGCAUGGAGGGGGCGAAUAUGGUCUCCUUUUUAUGUAGAAUGUUAUAAUGGAAGAGUCGUUGAAACCAAACGUUGUUCGAACGACUUCGUAUUUUCCCCGAUUGAAUUGAAAUGUAUUAGUUUAAAUCAAUAA